AAAUGAAAAGGUUGAAAUUUAUAUUGUUGAGACUUUUUCAAUAUGUACUCGUUAAAAUCAAAUACCAGGUACAAGGGUAAGAAUUGCACCCGGUACAGUUUUAUAGAAUUAAAAAACAAAAACAAAAGAAUAUUGACUCAAAUCAUACAUAUGUUAAGUUCUAAAAUAAAAUCCUAUUUUUAGUUUGUUUUAAAACAAUUUUGGAUCGAAUGUACUAAAUUUUAAACAAUGAGUGCAAAGCGGCAAAACUUUGAAGAUGAGGAUUCCAAUGAAGAGUUACAGGUCAAAGAGGUAUGGCCUGAAUGCCAAGAUGGAGAUGCGAUCUUGGACGAACUUAAAUUUCCACAGUUAUAUAAAAUUGAGCUCAUGGUUGAUCGAAUAGAGAUAUCGGAUGGGAAGCACCAAAACCAUAUUGCACCCAAGGAUAAGCAUGGGAGGAGAAUAAUGCGCUAUGAAAGACUUGAAGAGACUGAGGAAUUAGAGGAUACUGAAAAUGAAAAAUCGGUAAUAAAACAAUUAACAACUUCCUCAAAGAAAACCAAUAAGAGCUCUUCUAAGGUGACAAAGUCAAAAUCAAAGUCCAAAUCUAAAUCCAAAUCCAAAUCAUCGUCAAAGAGUGGGUCAAGAUCACCAAAGGGUAAAAAAUCAAAGAGUGGGUCAAAAUCACCAAAGGGUAAAAAAUCAAAGAGUGGGUCACCUAAAAAAAAGAAGAAAAGCAGCAGUAAACAAACUUCUUCAAAACAAUCUUCAAAGCAAUCUUCUAGAAAAAGUUCUCAAAAAUCAUCUAAGAGUUCAUCAAAGAAGGAAUCCAAAAAAUCUACCACUUCAAAAAGUGCAAUGAGUACGAAAAAACAAACUACUGUUGUGGAAGAGGAAGUAGGUGCUGGCGAGAAGAUGCCAGGUAACCGAAAGAACAUUCCUCCUUUGAGGGUUAUUGUCAAAAUGCUAGAUUUUGAACCAAUUUACAUAACACAAAUCGAUAUGGGGGAAGUCGACUCAGAUUAUGACAGUAGUGAAACCCCCAAGUCUCAUUCCAGCAGUGAAGAGCUCAGCCCAGGUCCCGUUGACGCCAAAAUGCUUACAGUUGCUUUAGAAGAAGAAAAAAAGAAACAGGAAGAGGAUCAUAUAAAAGAGAAAAAAACUAAAGCUAAAACCAAGAAGAAAAGUAAAACAAAAAGUAAAAGUGUGAGCAAAAAAAGCAAAUCAAAAAGUACGAGCAAAUCAACAAGCAAAUCACCAAAGAAAGGUGGGAGCAAGUCACCAAAGAAGAAAGGUGGGAGCAAGUCACCAAAGAAGAAAGGUGGGAGCAAGUCACCAAAAAAAGGAAGUAAAAAAACUACUACCACCAAAAAAAAAUCAAAAACAAGUAAAUCCAGUCGAGCCUCAAAAAGUAAAUCUGCUAGUAAAACAAGUAAGAAAAGUAAAAAGGUAAAAAAGUCGACAACUAAAAGUAAAUCUUCUAAAAAGAAGACGACAAAAGUUACUGAAACAGAACAUGUUACCGAAGAAGACUUCCAAGACAAUUGGUCUGUGAAGAGUGAACGGACUUUCAAAAAGGGGACAGCUUUAAUGUAUUCGACAGUGCCAUACAAGUUGAUAAGUGAGAUGCAACAAGCACCGAUCAGAAUUGAUGUGGAGAGAUAUGGAGGGAAGAAGUACAAGAAUGGGCAAGGUGAGAAAAUUGGUACAGCCGUUGUACGCUUCCCACUCGAUUGGAUGGAGUCGAUUAUAAGAGUCCAGUGUGGUGAAGUACUUGAUGAAUCUACUGAAGUGUCCAAGGGCAAGUUCCAGCUGCAUUGCCAGCUUGAACAAUGGUUCCCGAUUGAGGACGAGGAAGGGAGCAUCAUCGGUGAGGUCCUCGUCAAACUGGAUCUUGAAGGCUACUCGAAUUACUUCACUUCGGGCAAAUUUCCAUCUGAGACACACCUCUACAAUUCGUUUACAAACGUUGACCCCUCUGCGGCACCAUGCACAGUUGUCAGCGCGUCACGGGAUAAACUAUCAUCGUUUUACCAUGUCUAUCCUAGAGCGAAGAACUACAACUACCAGAACCUGUUCAACUUAUAAAGUUUCAGUUUUGCCACAUUUUCCACCCUCAUCUGCAAUGCCACUCACAAAAAUAAAAGUUGUGAUUUGGAA